GCUAAACAAAAUGCCAUAAAAGGGAGAACGAAGAGCAUCUAUGUGGCGGUGUUAUCAAAACCAAAUAAAUAUCUUGUUUUCUGUCUACUUCUACUUGAUGCCAGAGCCAUUUAAAGAGUUCAAAAGGUGCUCGCGAGGUCUUCCUGCCACUUUCCUGAAACUUCUCACUUCUGCUUUUGGCAAGCUACAGCAUGCGCUCAAGCCACAGCACUCAAAAAGCCUGCUUAGUUUUUUUUUUUUCUAAGAUGUGCCAACUCUGCAGCUCUGCUUACCUUUUGGCUUUGACGUGAUUCAUGAAUCAACCAAUACCUUUGCAAGGAUGUCAACUUCUGUGCCUUUGUGUGCCUCUACCAGUCUCUCUGUUGCAACUAGCCCUGGACAUUUUAAUUUGACGUUUACUAAACCUUUGAAUACACAUAUCCAGCAACAAUGGAUAUGUGUUUUGAAUACACAUACAACAUUUGCCAUUUUCUACAUGUAGAUUGGGAGAAGGUAAACAGGCAUUAAAUAACUGUGUAAAAAUCCAUUGUACUGGGUAAUUAGUAAUCUGAGGAUUGGACGCACAUCACAUGGGCAGACGGCAUAUUGAGAAGGAGGAGGGACGUUCACGCACACUCGGAAACAGCACACUUCUCAUUUAGGCGCACUUUUUUUUAAUGGACUACUUCAACCGAAGACAACUUUUUACCUUUUUAAUUCGAUAAAAAGAUGACACACUUUUACAGUCAGCGGUCCGUGGUUGUCCUGUCUCUACUGGGGAUUCUAUCGGCCAUUAUGUCGGUUUUGUCGGUCAUUCUGAUCUUCCAGCUGCAGCCCCAACACACGGCCAUAAAGGAAAACGCUCCCUCGGUCGUACCCCCUAACGUUCGGGCCUUCCUGUUGCCGGUGUCCACGGCGCUCUCGGCUUUGUCGCUCACCCUUAACCUGAGCUCGGUGGUGGUCUGUCUCCUACAUGGCUACUUUUCCACCGAGGUGUGUCGAGGAGAACUGGACACCGAAAGAGCAGACUGGUUCCUAUUGGACAGCCGAGCCGUGCGACAUGUGGCCAUCGGAUUGUUCUGCCUUGGAGUUUCGGUCUAUUUAGCAGCUAUGUCUAUUUUUAUGCUGCUCAUAUUUGAGGCGGAGACGGGAAUUGCCAGCGCCUCCGUCCUGGCCUCCGGCAUCUUGAUCCUUCUGGUAGUGGUGAUCCAUUCUCUUGUCAAGGUUUCCCAAGUGGCUAAACGCGGCCGAGAAGACCAUCUCGAAACUCUCUUUCGCAACGAGCACAGAAGCAGCAACAACAGUCCCGUGUCUUGGCCCUGUGAGCUAAAAAUUGGUGUGGACAAACUGCGGGUGCCCCGCAGACCGUCCCACCUCCAGCAUCACAUGUCGUUCACCCCUUCCAGCAGCCCCAGACACCAGCAGCGGCACCACCCGCAGGAGGAGUACCCCCCUGUUGGAGAAGAGUCGCGCGGCCACUCUGGCAAUGUGGACAGCUACAGCGGAGGCGGCAGCUGUCCUCGUUCACACAGGAGCUUAUCUUCAGACUCGGUUUUGCUAAAGGCUAAACCCUGGAAUGGCGUCAACAACGAGAUGAGGAGCGUCCUGGCGCGCAAGUCCGGCAUUUCGGCAAAAGACUCGACCCUUGUGUGACAAAAGGCUGAUGAAGACGAGGAUUUCAAUAAGUCAGCAUGGAUAUACUACUGGCAUGUAAUAGCUUCAAUGAUUCCAGACCAUCUGGAAACUGAGCAAAAAAAAUCCACCCUGACGACUCUAUAAAUUGUUUUAAAUUGAUUAAUCAAUUCAUCCAAUUGUGAUAAUCUACUGUGUAAAUUAUUUUAUACAACAAUACAAUGAUCGCCCACCUCGUGUGCGAUGAGAAAUUA